UUCGUGGGAUGCAACUUUUAGCUCUACCGCGACCUCCCGGAGCACGACCGUAAAAUAAACACCGACGGAUACAAAUAAAAAAUCACACCUGGCAAAAAUGUUUUCACAGCUAGGACAGUAGAGCUCGCCUAAAAUUGGGUCAAACGUUUUUCAUUCAUUUGCGUGGGAGCCCGCGUGGGUGGAAAAUUAGGAUCGGAAUGAGGUGUAGCUGAACAUUUACAGUUACAGUUCUUGAUGUACUUCCUGAGGAAAUCGCAGAUACCCAUAUAUGAUCGUGAAUUGAGCCAGAACCAGCUACGCGACUUGGAACAUCUCAGCAGAAACCUUACACAAUCUCACACAAUCCUAAAUGUUGCGCGAUGACCAUUGAUAAAGAAGACAUUCCCCGAUGGCUGAGUCUACUAAUCGUGUCUUGCGUAAGUUCAUCAGUUUUCCUCUCACUGGUCAUUAACUCUAAUCCAUAUCUCACGAGUGCAACUGGUUACGCCGAUGGAGGUGACAUGUAUUCACAUCAGAUAGACGCUCUUUACCUAAAGGAGCUUCUGCAAAGUGGUGCAACAGAUUUUUGGUUCGACGAAGUCACGUUAGGUUACCCGUAUUUCCUCGCGUAUCAACCAUUUCCGAGUUUAUUUACGUCUAUUCUGAUGAUCCUCUUGGAAUCGUUUAUCCCUCCUCUGUUACUGUUCCGUUGGAUGUUUCUUGUUCUUCUUUCCGUAAUGCCUUGGACAUGGCUGGUUGGCCUGCGCAAGCUGGGAAUGACACGACUCGAAGUAACUCUGGUGUCCUUGUGCGUGUAUUCCAUUCAUAGUUGGCGAAAGUUUGGACUGGAACUCAGUGCCUUUCAACAUUAUGGGCUCUUCACCCAGGCUUAUGGGAUGGCUAUAUUCCCACUGGCAGCUGGUUUUUUAUAUGAGCACGUUCUUUAUGGCCUUACCUCAAGAUCUGCAACAGUCCUACUUGUGGCGCUCAACUUCAUUGCGCAUUCAUUCUUCGGCAUCUAUCUCGGCAUAGUGACCGGCGUAACUUUGGUGGUAGAUCUGUUUACCAAUCCGCUGCCUUUCAAGAGGAAGCUGUGUUCCCCUUCAAUUUUGCGCGCAUGUUCUGUGCACUUUUUAACUGUUGCUUUGCUAUCAUGGUGGAUUUUCCCCUUGCUGGCAAAUUUCAAAUAUGUUGGAGGUCUGCCUUGGAAAAAUGAGGAUGGGAAUGGCUACAAGGCUGAAUUUAUCUUUAAGAAGUUAUUUUCCGGCGAAUUGUUUGACUACGAAAGAAAGGUUCCGUUUAUUACGACGGGAGUGUUAGCAGGGUUAGUUUUUAUUUGCUUCGCAUGGCAAAGAAACAACAGAAAUACAUUUUUCUACUGUGGAAAACGGCGUCUAUUGUUCAUUUGGUUAGGUAUUCUGUUCUGUGUGACUUUCUCUCUACUUCUUGGAAGAACAACUUUUGGAGCGUUUUACAACUUACUACCAUUUCAUGAAGAAAUCGAGACUAUUCGCUAUUUGAAUGGCAUACAUUUUUGUGGACUUCUUUUGCUUGGGAUCUCUUUUUCAUGUAUCCUUCGUUUCUUGUGCACCGCGUUGUGCAGGAUUUCGAGAGGUUUCUUCAAAACCCGGGUCGUCCUGAUUGCAAUGAUGUUGGUUAUUUCACCGGCUUUCCUUAGCUCCCAACUUCAACAAAUAAAUUCCUUUUUGUCGCUGACCGAAAUCCAUGAAAUGCCCGAGGGGCUGAAUGAAAUGAAAAGUUACCGAAGCAAUGGACGAGUUUUGGCACAGAAAGUGCUGGGUACCGGUGAUCCUUUGAGUUUAGCUCUCUUACCGCACUACAGUAAAAAACCUGGAAUUCUCACCUAUUCCAGAGGCUAUCACGACUCUCUCUCCCUCUACUAUUUGGAGCUGUUAUUACACAGUUUGGACACAACACCUUGGUUUCCUGAUCUGCUUCGUCUUUAUAACAUUCGUUUCCUCGCUACAUACGGGAUAGAGGUACCCUUACACUUUCUGAAGGCUUGUCAGCUAAGACACCUGGCUUUCAUAGGGAGCAUGGAAGUUUACGUGAGAGAGCCCAAAGAGAAUUAUGGAUAUUUCGAGUUUGUGCAUGUACCAGGUGCUAUAUUGGGUGAUUUAAAAGGCAUGCGCGAGGCUGUUGUUAGAAUCACUCAACUGUUCACAAACAGAGCUGUAUUUGCCGUGAAUCCUAGCAGCCCACUCAACGAUCCACCUUUCGAAAUUGUUGUUUUUGAUAGAGUUGCAGAUGGAAACUUCCUCAAAUUCCUCUCUUCCGAGGCGCCGAGGUUCGAGAACAAGUGGUUUGUCUCCAAGAUGAGGGUAAAAGAGAAAGCUUUCCGCGAAGAUGUGAAGUUUCAGCACUUUCCUGAAAGUGUUAGGUCAAGAGUUCUGCAAGAGGAAGUAGGAAAAACCUUCUACAGAGCUUAUGUCCACGUACACGAGCGGGCAUGGAGUAAGAAUUUCUAUGAGACCGAGCACCUUCUUCUGAAAGUGACGUAUCAUCCAUACUGGAAAUGCGCCUUCCAUUCAUCAGCGGAAACUAUAGAUGGCGCACGUGAUUGGCAUGAGGUUCUGGUGCAUCACGUAACACCGAGUCUAAUGAGCAUUGUUUUACCUCCAGGGAAACACCACGUGAUCUGUCAAUACAAGAAUCCCAUUUGUCAGAAAGUGGGUUUUGUGUUGUUUCUUGUGAGUUUCAUCGCCCUAAUGGUGAGAGAAAUAGUUGUAUUCCUGCACUACCUACCUAGAUGAUCACGUGAAAAACGUUUUCCUUCUUGGGCCACUUUCUCAGUUGGAAAUACGGAAGGAAAUAACUAAUCAAAACAAGUAAUACCUGAUUAUGAUGGCAAUGUAUACAAGUAGGUGGAUGAGAAAUAUUUUGGAGAGGUAAGAGUGGGCGAGAUAACU